AUGUCGCUGACAGCAUCACAGCCUCCUCCUCUGUCUGCCGUUGAUUUCCCUGAGAUUCGGCUGAUGACCCUCGGCCUUGGUACAGUAAGAGAGCAGCUGUAUGCAGUGCUGGGGCGGCGGGGCUGUGAGCUCCUCGGAGGCCUCCUCCCGGGCCAGCCCCCUAACCGCAGCCCUCGGCCCAGCGCCCUUGUCUCGGAAAGGAAGGUGCAGACAGUGGCCUGCAGCCUCGUGCCUUUUCCCGUCAUGCUUCUUUUGGAUGAGCUGUACCUGAUGCGACCUUGGGGGUCAGUGUCCCACUUCAAGAAGAAGUUCUGCUCAGCUCUGCCCGAGCCUCCAGUACCCCUCGGCCCUGGGCGCCUCCUGCAAGCUCGCCUCGCUGCCACUGAGACAAGGCUGUGGUUGGUGACCUGCCGGCCCCACCCGGUCUCCGGUCCUAAGCCACAACCUCCUGAGGGAGCCAAGUCCAACCCUUCUAAAAGGCACCGGGACCGCCUCAAUCAGGAGCUGAGCAAACUGACCCACUUGCUGCCCUUCCCCGAGGACGUGCGAGCCCGCCUGGACAAACUCUCCAUCCUCAGGCUCAUCGUGGGCUACCUGAAGAUGAAGGGCUACUUCUCAGGUAAGUGUUGCUGGCAUGCAGGCUGUUCAGCCAACCCACCCGUGAACCCAGGGGGAAGUGAACAUGCCUCUCCACAGAUCAAUGCAGAGCUAUUUUCUGAAGGGGACUUGCUUCUUCAGGCCCUCAAUGGCUUUCUCAUGGCUGUUACAGAAGAUGGCUAUGUUUUCUACGUCUCUCCCACAGUCCAGGACUACCUGGGAUUUCACCAGUCAGAUGUCAUCUAUCAGAGUGUGUUUGAGCUGAUCCACAAGGAGGAUAGACCCAUGUUCCAGAGCCAGUUACGCUGGUCACCAGACCCAGAACCCGUCAGCAAAGAGGCCAAGGAGGACACCAGCCCUCUGCCUGGAAAGAAAUUUCAGCCCCUUAGUGGAGCCGCCAUUGACGGCCAUCAGCAUCCGUCCUUGGAAGACCCUCCCUGUCUGGAGAGAAGCUUUGUUUGCCGAUUCCGCUGCCUACUGGACAACUCUCCUGGGUUUCUGGAAUUGCAUUUCCAUGGCCAUCUUAAAUGCCUCCCUGGGCAGAACAACAGGUCAGAAGAUGGCACCCUUGUGUCUUCUCAGCUUACCCUGUUUGCCAUUGCGACGCCCCACCAGCCUCUCACCAUGUUGGAGCUCCAAACCAAAACAUUUCUUUUUCAAACAAAACAUAAAUUAGAUUUCACACCUAUAGCCUGCGAUUCCAGAGGCAAGGUGGCCCUGGGCUACACGGAGAGUGAGCUCUGCAGAAGGGGAUCGGGUUACCAGUUCAUCCACCCAGCCGACAUGAUGCACUGUGCUGAGAAACACUUGCAGUUGAUACGAACGGGCGAGAGCGGUCUUACGGUGUUCCGGCUACUCACCAAGCAGGCCAGCUGGCUGUGGGUGCAGUCCGACGCCCGCCUGGUGUUCCGUGGUGGCCAGCCAGACUGCAUUGUUGCCAGACAGCGGGUGCUAACGAAUGCGGAGGGGGAGGAGCACCUGCGAAAGCGGGCCCUGGAGCUGCCGUUCACCUUCACCACCGGGGAAGCCAUCCUGUAUGAGAAGAGCCUCCCAGGCCUCCUGACCACUCUCCCUGCCAGGAAGAGGUCCAGGUCAAGGAAGGGCCAUCCCACUGACCAGGAGGGCCCAGUGCACCCAGGAUCGCUCCUCAGAGCCACGAGACAGCAAGAUGAAUCCAUGUGCUUGUCCUGCAUUGCCCCCACCCCCCAAGGCUCAUCCUUGGAUAGGUGGGGGCCUGAUGAUAGAUGUGAGGACGAGGAGGAGGAAGAGGGGGAGGAAGGCCGCUCCCUCCUAGCCCUCAUCGAGACCCUGCUGGAGAAGGACACGGGAGAACCACCAGACCUCUGUUUCACCCUUCGGCACCUGGGGGUCGCCGACCUUGAGAAGCAUCCAUGGGAAGAGAACCUUCUUGGGGCUGAAUCAGACCCUGCAGGGCCUCAAAACUGCCACCUGCUGCCACGCAGCCAGGGAGGAGAGCCCCAGAGGGAGGAGGGGGCACUUUUUCCUGAGGGCUUGCAUGUGAGCUUGUCCUUGACGGCCAGCACAACUCCCCCACCAAUCCUGAGGCCUCGGUCUUCUCUGAGCUCGGGCCAUCUAGCCAUGGAGAUGACUCCGCCUCGGAAGCUGGGCACUGAGCCCAGCCCCUCUCAGGCCUAUCUCCAGCAUUUUCUUGUCUCUGGCCAGACCACCCCUGGCCCCACAUGCCAGAGCCCACCUCAAAACCCUCCACAGCAGCAGCCUGGGCACAGUCAGUUAGCACCUUUGACCUUUGGUAUGAGCCAGAAACAAACAAUAUCUGACCACAGAAGUGUUGCCAGCCCACCGCCUGAGGCUUCCAGCCCCAGACGGCCUGCCCAGAUGUUUGAGCUGAGCUAUGCAGCUACACUGUCUUUAGGAGAAAAUGUCUUUGGGCACCUGGCUCACCCAGCCUCUGGUGUUUUGGAUUUUUGCGAGGAAUCUGUGCCUGGGACACCCACACACAGUGGUCAGUGUCAGGAGCCCCUGAUGACCUCAGACCCCACCCUCCGUGCCAUUUCCUGUGGCUCCCAUCUCUCAGGCGGCAUUUGGGAUACCCCCAUCCAGGGCCAGCCAGUUAUGGUCCCCAUGGAAGUGGGCCAGCUGGAGACGUUCCUCCCAACUUGGGCAGGGGCCAGCCCCUAUGGGUGCGGGGAGCAGCAGGGACACCAGAGGAAACACCUGGGGGUCAAGAGUAUCCACCCCGUUCUCUGA